CGCACUGUGAAGACCUUUUAACAUUAGUUUACGUUCAUGAAGUUUUUGAAUUGAAAGAAAAAUAGCCGAAGACAGAGAAUUGGAGUGUUCACUCUCUUUUUCCUUGCACAUAUUAUCACAUGCAUGUCGACUACCUACGAUAAGAUACGAUACAAAAACAUUCCCUCGAAAAAAUCAAUAUCAAAAUACGAAAGUUGUAUUACAAAAAACAACCAAAAGUUACAAGUGACACAAUUUUUGUGGAAUAAAUUCUAAAAAAUAAUUCGAUGACUUGAAUUUUCGCUUACCUAUGUAUUGAUAGUAUAUGAAAUACAUACAUUAAAAUAAAUUAAAGUGCUUAAAAUCACGGACUCAAUAUUCUAUUAGAAUAAAAAAAAAAAGCAGACCAACUCUACUUAUUCGUUGAAAUCGACAACAGAACGAAUAAUAUAGAAAAAACAACCAAAAAAAUUGUGUUUGUGUGUUAGUUCCUCCGAAAGAAUCAAAUUGACAGAGUACGAUGCCGUCGUCAGAGCAAAGUGUCUUCUUACCUGACGCAAAACUAGCAAAAAAUGCUUACGUCAAUAGCUUAGAACAGUAUGCAAAAUUAUAUAAGGAGUCGAUUGAAACACCCAACGAAUUUUGGAGUAACAUUGCUAAACAAUUCUAUUGGGAGACAUCAGCUGAUCCGGAAAAGUUUUUCAGUUACAAUUUUGACAUUUCAAAGGGACCCAUUUCGAUAAAAUGGAUGGAAGGUGCAUCCACGAAUAUUUCUUUCAAUUUGCUCGAUCGCAAUGUAAAGAAUGGAUUAGGAGAUCAAAUUGCAUUUUAUUGGGAAGGAAAUAAUCCAGACGAUCACUCAAAACUGACGUACAAAAAAUUAUUAAGAGAAGUUUGUUGUUUUGCAAAUGUUUUGAAAGCUCACGGAGUUACAAAAGGUGAUCGUGUUGCCCUUUACAUGCCCAUGGUAUUGGAAUUGCCUAUUGCAAUGUUGGCUUGUGCAAGAAUUGGAGCAGUGCAUUCGAUUGUUUUUGCUGGAUUUUCAUCUGAUUCGCUCGCUGAACGUUUGCACGAUUGCAAGGCAAAGGUACUCGUGACUUCAGAUGGCGCAUGGCGUGGCGAAAAAAUUCUUCAUUUGAAGGCUAUUUGUGAUAUGGGAAUGCAAAAGUCUGAGGAAUUAGGACACAAAGUAGGCACUUGCGUUGUUGUCAAGCAUUUGCGUCGUGUAACUCCGGGAACAAAAGAUUGGGAUGGCGAUGAUUCAUGUCCAUGGGAUGAUGAUCGUGAUGUUUGGUGGCAUGAAGAAAUGGAAGAUGCUGAGCCAGCAUGUUAUCCUGAAUGGAUGCAAGCCGAAGAUCCAUUAUUUAUGUUAUAUACGAGUGGAUCAACAGGAAAACCCAAAGGAGUAUUACAUACAACAGCUGGAUAUCUAUUGUAUGCAGCAACAACUUUUAAAUUAGUAUUUGACUACAAACCUGGCGAUGUCUAUUGGUGUACAGCAGAUAUUGGAUGGAUUACGGGACAUUCGUAUGUUGUUUAUGGUCCUCUUGCAAAUGGAGCAACUAGUGUUAUGUUUGAAGGCGUUCCAUUUUAUCCUGACAACGAUCGUUAUUGGGCCGUCAUUGAAAAAUAUAAGGUUUCACAAUUCUACACUGCUCCAACUGCUAUUCGUGCAUUAAUGAAAUUCGGCGUUGAACCUGUCAAAAAACACGAUAUGAGCUCCUUGAAAGUGCUUGGAAGUGUUGGCGAACCAAUUAAUCCUGAAGCAUGGCUUUGGUAUUAUAAUAAUAUAGGCGGCGGAAAAUGCUCUAUUGUCGACACAUUUUGGCAAACAGAAACAGGAGGUCAUGUUUUAACACCUUUGCCCGGCGCAACUCCAAUGAAACCUGGAUCAGCUUCCUUCCCAUUUUUCGGUGUAAAACCUAAAUUACUCGAUGAGGGAGGCGCAGAAAUCAAAGGAGAAGGCGAGGGGUAUCUCGUUUUUGCUCAACCAUGGCCCGGAAUAAUGCGUACUCUCUUUGGAAAUCAUGAACGUUUCGAAUCAACGUAUUUCUCGAAAUUUCCAGGCUAUUAUUGCACGGGGGAUGGUGCUCGACGUGAUGCAGAUGGAUUUCUUUGGGUUACGGGACGUGUCGACGAUAUGUUAAAUGUGUCGGGACAUCUAAUGUCAACAGCAGAAGUUGAAUCUGUACUCACAGAGCAUGAACGUGUUACCGAAGCUGCUGUGGUAUCUCGCCCUCAUCCCGUUAAAGGUGAAUGUUUAUAUUGCUUCAUAACACCUAAUCAGGGAGGGACAUUCGAUUCACAACUCGUAAAUGAGUUGAAGAAACUUGUACGAGAACGUAUUGGACCAUUCGCUCAACCAGAUGUAAUUCAACACGCGCCAGCACUUCCCAAAACAAGAUCGGGAAAAAUUAUGCGGAGAGUUUUAAGAAAAGUUGCUGUUAACGACACUGAUGUUGGAGAUAUAUCAACAUUGGCUGAUGAAGGAGUUGUUCAACAAUUGUUUAAUAACCGUCCAGGGAAUUAAAAAAAUCAAGAAAACAACUUCUUAUUAGUAAUAUAUUCUAAGAAAAAAUGUUCUAAAUGUUCGGGUAACAAAAAAUUGUCUAAGUUGAAAGUUACCUUCAUUUAUUAGGUAUACGUAUAAUUCAAUGCACAAAGGUCUUUCAAUCACACACUUUUCUCAAUCCAAUUUAAAUGUUUAAAGACCCUGAUUCUUAAUUUAUUGAUUAUUCUUCAGUCGACAAUUGUUUAAUUACGCUUAUUAUUAGUGGGUAUUUAGGUAAAAAUGAAUAACUUUAAGAUUUGCAAAAGCAACAAAAAGUCUUUUCGACAAAGACUAAAUGUGUGGAAAAAAACUAUUCAGACACAAACUUCAAAUGAUGAUGACGUAAAACCGAUACAUAUCAUUCCAUAUAUUUUGGGAACCUUAUUAAAUGUUUAAAUGUGUUAAAUUAAUAUAUAUCUGAGCUAAUACAUAUAAUGAAUAACGAACAAACGCUUUUAAUAAUUAGCUUUGAGCUUCAUCAAACAAUUUUAAGAAUGAAAAAAACUUGCUGUUCAACAACAUUAAAUAUGAAUACAUACAUGUAUAUUAUUGUUAUUGGAUGAAAGAUUUAAAUUUCCAAGAAGACAGUUAAAGAGAGCCUAAGAUAUAGUAAAAUAUGUUAAAAUAAAUAAAGAUAUAAUUAGUUUAUUGUUGGGAA